UCAAGCAUUGCUUAGUCGAACCCGCCUCGGCCUCCUCGAGAAGCGCCGGGACUGCCCCGCCCCCUCCAAAAUUCCCCUUCCCGCCCGCUCAGCUCCUCCUCCUUGGUCCGCUACUAGUACCUACGCUCGCCAACCUCAACCUACCACAUCUAUACACCUAUCGAGGCAGCGCGACACAGAGCGAAGCGGUUAGGACCGCAAAGCUUUUCGCUAGGACCUCUUAGACUCCGCAAAGCCAGCCAACCCAUCAAUCAACCACCCUCAUAAUCCUACCGCAACACCCUCGAAGAGAGCAGUCACUCAUGGCAGGCCCCGCAUCUCCCGGCGGCGAGGGGCCGACCUUCGCGCCUCCACCUCUGCCUGCAGGCUGGAUCGCGCAGUGGGACGCAGCCUCCAAGAAGUAUUACUUUGUGCAGCUGUCGACGGGCGCGUCGCAGUGGGAGACGCCCACCGAGGCCGCGCCCGUGGGCGGGGCUUCUGACACGCCCGGCCCGAAGUCUGAUCACCCCUACGGAGUUCCGGGGCGAGUUGACAGUGGCGCCGAGAUCAUCGUACAUCCGGACGGCAGCCAGACGGCGCGGUAUCCCGACGGCAGACUCGAGCCUGUCCAUCCGAGAGAGGACGGGUCGACGGCGGACGGGACCAGGGGUGUUGGUGGUGGCGAUGGGACUACCGAUCGAGGGCUUGGGUCCUUGCUCGGAAGCACGCUCGGCAGCCUCGGUGGUAAACCACACGGUAGCGGAUCACACGGCGGCGGUGUCGGUGGCCUGGUUGGGCACGUAGCCAGUGGGCUUCUGUCCGGAGGGCAUGGCGGCGGACACGGCGCGGGCCACAGUAGUAGCGGCGGCCUGGGAGGGAAGCUCGCAUCGCAGUUGGCUUCCAAUCUGUUCCACUCCGGAAGCAAGCCGUCGACCCAGCAAUCCAACUACCAUGGUGGCCAGUCAUCGGGACAUGCCGGCGCUGGCGGCCUGGGCGGACUCGUUGGGGGAGUUGCCAGCAUGUUUGGGAACAAGCCUCACGGCUCGGGCCAGCAGUUCGGCUACUCUAAUAGCGGACAAACUGGUAGCUAUAGCGCGCCGCCCCCACCGGCCUCUUACCAAGCGCUCUCGCACUCGUCGCACUCGGCUACCACCCCGUCUUCCUACCAGGGCAGCACGCCCUCUUACUCGACCCCGGCUCAUUCGCAGCACCAGAGCCCCAACACGUCGUAUGGCCACUCGACUCCAGGCCAGCCAUACACCCCUUCCUACGGCACCCCCGGUAACCAGCAUGCCGGGAGUCAACAGCCGCCUCAUGCGCAGACCUACCCGCCUCCGCCACCAGGCGGCCCGCCGCAGGGCUACGGCCCACCGUCGUAUGCGUCGCAUCCCGGGGGCGCACCGCAACACGCCGGGCCACAAGCAAACUACGGGCCGCCCCCACCGGCUGCCGCCCCCUACGGCCAACCUCAGUAUGGUCAACCGCAGUACGGCGGUGCGGCAGCGUCGUACGCGUCGCAACAUUCCGCGCAGCACACUCCUAGCGGGCACUCCCCCUACCCGGCCCAACCGCAAUACGCCGGCGGCGGCCACCAGCAGCCGCCUCACCAGCAGACGUACGGAGGCGGGCCGCAGUACCACUAGGAGGACCGCGCCCCGCAAGGAACGGGCGCGAUGCCGACGCUUGCCGCCUUCGCGGACGCGGUGGCGGCGUGCCCGGGCUAGGUGCAGCAGUCGAUCGGGCUGCA